AUGGAAAGGGUUCAGUAUCAGCUGGAACGAUCCGUUCCGCAGCUGCAGCUGCUCGACGAGAACGGCGUCUUCACCAAAGAGCAGCUCCGAUCCAUCACAACACAACGUCAGACCUUCGAGGGUCGGCUCCUCCGACGAGGUCCUGACAAGAACGACUUCCUCCGCUACGCAGAUUUCGAACGCAACCUCGCCGACCUCAUCAACGUCAAAGCCAACCGCAUCGGUCUGCCUCGCUCCUUUCACCGCGACAAUGCAGCUUCACACACGGGUCACAUUGUGGCCAUCUACGAGCGUCUCGUGCUCAAGUUCAAGUACGACGUUGAUGCGUGGCAGCGAUACAUUGCCUUUGCAAAGAGCAGGAAGAUGCGAGUCGUCACCGGAAGAGUCUAUGCCCGUGCGCUGGCGUUGCAUCCCAACAAUGUCCCGCUCUGGCUAGCUGCGGCUGCACACGAAUUAAACGACAACUCCUCGACGACCGCCUCCCGCUCACUUCUUCAACGAGCACUCAGGCUGAAUCGUCUUCCAUGGAAGCAGAGCACUGCCGGCACUUCUGCUUCUGCGGGCAACAAGCGGAGCAGUACCGGCGAAGCUUCCGACUCCAACAAGCGACCCCGUCACAGCGCGUCCGACACUGCUACCCUUGCGGGAUCACCGACUCCAAGCGCACGAUCUGGACCCGCGACACUCAAGCUAUCGUCGCGAGAAGCGGAUCAGCUCCGACUGUGGGUGGAAUACAUUCGCAUGGAGCUUGUCUUUAUCGAGCGACUGCGCCGAAGAUGGCUGGUCCUCGGUCUGGAAUGGGAUACCGAAGACACAGACGCGGAUGCUACUGGUGUCGGCUCCUCCACUGACUCGACAGAAGCUCAGCAAGCAGCUGUCGAUCUCGAUUCGCAAGCAAGACUCAUAGUUCAAGACGCCGAGGAAGAACAGGAGGAGAAGAUACUACUCAGUCAAGUUCCAGACAGAGACGAUGACGUGCAACCCGAGGCCGUGGAAGCUUCGAGUGACAAACCGAACACGUUUGCACCCAGGAAGAUGACGACCAUCCCUCCCACACAGAUCGCCAUCCUGAGGGGAAACAUCCCGCUUUUCCUUAUCGGCAACGCUCUCGAAUCGCUCGCCCCUCACCUUCAUUUCGUGUUCCUCAUCGCGCUCACCGAGCUGCUCCAGUCCUUCCCCUUCGCCGAACCCAUCAGUAUCGAUGCUCCCAAGAGUGGCCAGAAGCUUCGACGUCGCCUUCUUGAUGGUGUCUAUGAGUACCUCUCGGAUCGUCAGCGAUGGGGAUGGACCCAUUUCGCGCCGCCAGCUCUUGCCAGCUCUCUCCGACCCUUCCGUCCAGACAGAUCUCUCCACGUGGACGAAGCAGACCUCACUGCUGCGCAGGUGGCCAACACCGAGGAAAUGGACUCGCAUCGGCUCCUCACAUCGGCCAGCCGCCUGCGUACCACUUUCUCUGACGAGACCGACGGCCUCCUUCAACUCGCAUCGCAGCUUCGAGUCACGGCUACAUCCGGCCUCCAAAGAUCGUCUGCCUCGUCUUCACCAUCUUUGGCUGUCCGGCUCGUCUUGCAUCUCCUGCAGUCUCUCCUAACGGAAAGGACUGCCAAAGGAUCGAGGGCGUCUCUCGCCUAUCACAACCUAGCGCAGUCAGGCAUGCUUCCAACCGCUGUCAACGACGCCAUCAAACAAGUGCGCACACUUUGCGUGCAAGCACCUGCUGAUGCUGCCAAACAGUCAGAGCGUACCGCCAAGGCCAACUUCUACACUACCGCCGCGCUGCUGAUCGAAAUGCUUAGCGACCGACAACGUUCCGGCAUUGACGAGCCCAACUUACUGCGAUACCUCGAGUCGGUGCAGACACAGCUUGUCAAGGAGGCUCAAGCCGCGGGACCCGGGAUCGAGACAGCUCAGAUGCGUGCUAUCACACUCCGCACAAAAGUCGACGCCGCACUCGCGCUGUCGGACGCAGACAGUAGCAGCAAGAAGCUGUCCAAGCUCAAAGAGCAACUCAAGGACGCCACAAGCAGCGCUCACUUUCCCGCCAGCGACGAGCUGUGGGGCCUUCGUAUCCUCGUAGCUUCCAGCAUCGCUAGAAUGUCAAACAAAUCGGUUCAAGACAGUCGCAAUGACAUUGCUGCAGAAUGGCGUCGAGGGCUGCAAGCCUGCUCCGACCACGUCGAUGUCGAGGCUGCCAGCUUGUCGGCAGAGGCGAGCCUGUGGUCUCGAUUCUUUGACUGGCUUGACAAUGGCGUGCUCGGUUCCGAGGCUCAAGGUCGCAAGGAGAUCAAGGCAGCUUUCCGCUACAGCUCCGAGCAGUACCGGUGGGCUAUUCGCGAAACAGCCUCGUUGCUUUCGCGCAGCUACAGUGGCAAAGCUGCCGACGUUGAAGCGGUGCACCAGUACCGCCAAGAAGUGCACGAUCUGUGCGUGCUGCGUUACGUGCGACUCAGCCGUGCCGUGGGCAAGCACGAUGACACAAUCGCUUGGCUGCUUCAGUCUUGCUUUGCCUCUCACCAAGCGUGGCUGGACGUCAUUUCUGAAUUGCGGAAUCGCGAUAGAGAGCCAGAAGCCGACUCGGAACAAUCUAGGAAAGAUGAUCAGAUCGUCGACCGGAUCUUCAACAAGCUGUUGCAGAUCAAGGCGAUGGACGUUGAGGUGUGGAUCGCCUACCUCGCCUACAUGGCCGCCAGCGACAUGUCAAGGGCCCUGAAUGCGCUGGAGCGAUGCAGAAGCACAUUGGAGAAGGGCGAGUACAAGCUCGUCGAAAACGAGUGGCAGCGCAUCUGCCAAGACUUACAGAGCCGAGCCGACACUGUCAGCGACGCUGAUGAUGAUACGGAUGAUGAUGUAGAGGCCGAAGGGGAGGAGGAAGAUUGA